UCGGUUGUCCAGACGUUCUGUUGUCUAUCUUCUUCCUCUCUGCCUCAAUCAUAUCUUCUAUAUAGAUCCCAAGUCAGAGAUCUAAUCCAUUGGUACUAUUCUUCCCGACCUCAAAUGUUACACAGCUCUCCCAACUAGGUGGUCCAAAUACUUACUGAGGCCCCAGAGAACCAGCCCGUGCACCAAGAUCGCGCGUACGGACAAAAUCCUCCUUCGCUUGGUGGGCAACACCAUAGAGAACUGCAAUGCGCUGCGCGGAUCAUGAAUCGGCAAUUCCAAAAGACAUCCAGAACCUCUCCCUCGGAAUCCUAUACGUGGUUGCCUGCGUACUCUGCCUUCUGGCGCUGGUCCAGCGCAUCCGACGUCGGCCAUACAGGCACUUCUCCUACGCACCGCUAGAGAGGCAAAUGAUGGAUCCGCCAUCAUCUCCGUCCGAGAAGCGUCCUGUUGGUGGUAUUGGUGGUGGUGGUGGUGGUAGUGGUGGCGAAGAGCCCGCGGACGCAGCAGUGGGCCAAGGCUACGGUUACGGCUACGGCGUAGCCUCCCACGGCGUUGGCCCAUUCCCGUCAGCCUGUGAUAUUUUGCAGCCCCUGUCUCAUUUGUCUCCCUUGCCUUCUAGUGGUUAUCUGGCGGCGGUCCUAGCCCGGGAGCGGAGCAGCUGGGCAAAGCAAUCAUACCCGCGGGAGGAUCACUUCGCCCCGUCGUGGCUCGGGGAAGCCGACUCUGCGGCCAGCCCUGGCCAGGACCGUCGACCAGCACCCACUUCCGUGACAGACAAUAAUAGCGUGGGUGACUCGUCACCCGGAGGGCGAAACCGCAGCGACAAUCAUGGGGGAAAUGCGCCGCCGCAGACAGGACGUACUUCACCGGCUGGAUGGCGUCCAGAGUGCCCCGGACAGGGGGUUCCCAGCAUCGCAAACCUUAUCGGGGCCCAGCCGUCCCAAAAAUGCGGUUAUGCAGUUCAAUCCUUGCACGACGUGGACGAGGAGGGGGUGCGGACAUGGCGGCGGUUGAUGAUCGAGUACAACUGACGUGUGGUGUCUUCCUGUUUUCCCUCUGGGUGGGCUUGGUUCUUUGCGUUACUCGUUCUUGUGCAUUUUCUGUUGGAUGCGUUGGUUGUUUAUUUUCGGGCUAGUAGUAUGAGGCGCCUGUCAGAAAAGACGGGGUCCCAAAUGGGCGGCCACCUGCUGUUGUUGUUGUUGUUGUUGUUGUUGAUAUUGAUGUCGUUGUUGUUUGUGUUGUAGCAUUUCAAAUGAUGAUUGAUG